GCCGGGGGCCGGUAGGACGCGGACGCCCUUGGCCAGCGCGGCCCGGACGGGCGCGCGGAGGGAGGCCGAGCUGGCGCAGCCCGGACCGUGACGGGCGCGGCCCCGGCCAUUACUGCGCAGGCCGGCCUGCGGGCAGCGCUGCCGGGCUCGGCCGGGCCUCGGUCAGCCCCGGGCUGCGCUCCUGUCUCCCGCCUGCUCUGCUGCCGCCGCUGCCGCUGUUGCUGCAGCAGCUACUGCCGCUCCUGCUGCUGAGCCUCCGGGUCGUGCCCAGCGUCCCGAGCUGUCCCCUCCUCCUUGCGCCGGCGGAAGCGGCCGAGUGUUCUUGUUUUGAUGGCUACCAGAACCCGAAACCACCGGGAGGUGUCGGAAUACGCUUCGGGCCUCCCAACCCUGGGGCAUCUUGAGAGCCCAGGCUGACGCUUUGUUCUGGUUGCUGGGUGCGGAGUUCUCUCCCUUGCCCUCCACCCCAUCCGAGAGUGCACGGGAUUCCCAUUGUUGUCGCUGUCUUGUUUGCCUGGACGUUUUUAUUUUAGAGAAAGAGGGCUGUAUCACAAUGUUUGUGAGGAUGUGGAAAUGGAACCGUCCUCUGGUUAGCACAGAGAAUGAAACAGCAGUGGAAGAAAAAAAUCCUACAAGUUGGCUGACAAUCAGUAAAGAAGAUGUUUUCUUUUCAUGAUCAGUGCCUCUGGGAUCUGUGAUAGAAAUGAUGGCUGGCUGUGGUGAAAUUGACCACUCAAUAAAUAUGCUUCCUACAAAUAAGAAGGCAAAUGAGUCCUGUUCUAAUACUGCACCUUCUCUGACAGUUCCUGAGUGUGCCAUUUGUCUACAAACGUGUGUUCAUCCAGUCAGUCUACCCUGUAAGCAUGUGUUCUGUUAUCUGUGUGUAAAGGGCGCUUCAUGGCUUGGGAAACGAUGUGCUCUUUGUCGACAAGAGAUCCCUGAGGAUUUUCUUGACAAGCCAACCUUGUUGUCACCAGAAGAACUUAAGGCUGCAAGUCGAGGAAAUGGUGACUAUGCCUGGUAUUACGAAGGAAGAAACGGGUGGUGGCAGUAUGAUGAGCGCACCAGUCGGGAGCUGGAAGAUGCGUUUUCCAAAGGUAAAAAGAGCACGGAAAUGUUGAUUGCUGGAUUUCUCUAUGUUGCUGAUCUUGAAAAUAUGGUUCAGUAUAGGAGAAAUGAACACGGACGCCGCAGGAAGAUUAAGAGAGAUAUAAUAGAUAUACCAAAGAAGGGAGUAGCUGGACUUAGGCUGGACUGUGACACUAGUACUGUAAAUCUAGCCAGAGAGAGCUCUGCCGAUGGUGCGGACAGUGUAUCAGCACAGACUGGAGCUUCUGUUCAGCUUCCGGUGCCAUCUUCUACAAGGCCCCUCACAUCAGUUGAUGGUCAGUUAACCAGCCCUGUAACACCAUCCCCUGAUGCAGGCACUUCUCUGGAAGACUCUUUUGCUCAUUUACAACUCAGUGCAGACAGCAUAGCUGAAAGGAGCCACAGAGGUGAAGGUGAAGAAGAUCGAGAAUCACCGUCUUCUGGCAGAAUACCAGAUACGUCUGUGGAAGAGACCGAAUCUGAUGCCAGUAGUGAGAGUGAGGAUGCCGCCGUGGUUGUUGCACAGCACCCCUUGCCCCAGCAGAGACUUUUGGUUUCCAGUACAAACCAGACAGUAGCCGAACAAUCAGACCGAUCAGGAACUGACCGAUCAGUAGCAGGGGGUGGGACCAUUAGUGUCAAUGUCAGAUCCCGAAGGCCGGAUGGACAGUGCACAGUGACAGAAGUUUAAACAAAUGUCUUCAGCGUCACACUCAAGGGUGAAACAGUUACCUGUAAAUUUCUGCCCACGUAACAUUAUACUCAUCCUUAGUAGUGCACUGCGGGAGUUGGGGUGGGAAGGGAUAUGGGAAGGACAGACCUGAAAUUAAAAUGUCUAACAUGUCUCCGCUGAAAUUUAUUUAAUGUGAGGAGUUGGGGUGUUGCUAGUUGAGAGCUGUUCAGUCAGUAAGAACAAACACUUUUCUUGACAUCUGUUUACUUUAUAGUGUAUUUUUUUUAACUCUUUAGUUCUUUUGGCCAGUGUGUACCCUGUGCAUUAACAGUCCUCAUCUGACUCUUGCACUACUUUAUUUUUCUGCAUGGAUUGGUAUAACUCAUUACUAAAAUUUGGCACCUGUGAGAUAGCUGAUAUCACUCUGAGCAGGAAGCUUACUAUGAGAACUAGAUGACUAACACCUCCUUUAUGGUUGGUCUUACCGAGCUAGGAGUGUAAAGCUGCAGCUGAUAUGUUGUUUCAGAAUCUGUAAUACUUCAUGGCGUUCCUUUCCAUAAGAUUUGCUGUCUUGUCCUUGUACUUUGAGGUUUCGCUUAGUCUGCAUUUUUCUUUUUGAUUAAGAAAACUUUAUAAUUUAAUAAAUACUAGAGUUUAUCAAAAAGGAUUUGUUUCUUUUUUGAGUCUGGAAAAAGGAUGAAGGUACUUUGGUUUUUGGCUAAAGGGCUUUUUACAAGGUGUGGAUUGAAUUGAUUGUGUUCUGUUCAAAUUGUCCCUUACCAGAGUCUGAUUUCUUUAGAAGAAAGUAUGUAACGAGAACCUAUCUAUGGGCAUUUUCUUGGAAUAAACAUGUUUAUUUUUAAGAUGUUUUGAAAGAUUUUAUGAAAAAGAUCCAAAGGCCCGGAUAUUUCAAUUUCUUAAGCAGCUAAUACCAUUAUUUCCAUUUCCUUUACCAAUCUCUAUCAGUGGUAUUACUAACUAUCUGGGCUACACAGAAAACUUAGAAUGUUACAGAUCCAUUAACCCACUUUAUAUUGGUUUGGCAAGGUAAGGAGUUUUGGUGAACAUAAAAUUGAUAAUUCGUCUCUGGAGAUAACAUACUUCUGUUUCCUUUAGAAAGUAGGAUCAUGUGUUAUGUACUUCUAAAUUACCUUUAUUAGAAUUAUCAAGGUAACAGUGCUACAACAGACAAAAAAGUAAAAAUAGUCACUAUUGGAAUGUCUUUCACUUGUUGAGACUAGUUAAGACAACUUCAUUCUUAGACAUACACUUUUAAAGAAAUGAAUUCUGAGAUGAAUGUAAAGAUUAGGUUAUGUGUUUUUAUUAAAUUUAGUUAUUAAACGAUUGCCACACAAAAACUAAAGUUAUGUAUUAUUAAAAAAUAAAUCUUGUGAAAAUGAA